GCCACGUCAUCACCAUCAAGCUCGAGAGCUCACCAAGCUGUUGCUUGUACUGGACCCCCAGAAGCCUCUAUCAGCGUUCUCAUGUCGAACGUCGUCGUGUUAGACAAUGGCGGCGGUCUCAUCAAAGCCGGCCUCGCCGGCGACGUCGACCCCUCCGUCGUGAUCCCCAACUGCCUCUACCGCCCUCUCUCCGCCAAGAAAUGGCUCCACCCUUCUCCAAUCUCCACUUCCUCCUCCUCCGCCGCCGCCGAAGUCUCCUCCGAGCUCGACCUCACGUCCGCCUCCGUUCGCCGUCCCAUAGACCGAGGGUAUCUGAUAAAUCCAGACCUCCAACGCGACAUUUGGUCUCACCUCUUCACCUCUCUUCUUCACGUCAAUCCCUCCAGUUCCUCCCUCCUCCUGACGGAACCGCUCUUCACUCUUCCUUCCAUUCAACGCGCCACCGACGAGCUCGUCUUCGAGGACUUCAAUUUUGCUUCUCUCUAUGUUUCCGACGCGCCGUCCUUGGUCCACUUCUACGAGGCCAGCCGUCGUCCGACCAGCCUCCUAUCCAGGGCACAGUGUAGCCUUGUUGUUGACUCUGGAUUUUCCUUCACUCAUGCUGCACCAGUGUUCCAGAACUUCAGCCUGAAUUAUGGAGUCAAACGGAUCGACCUGGGAGGGAAGGCAUUGACGAACUAUUUGAAGGAGUUGGUGUCGUAUCGCGCUUUGAAUGUUAUGGAUGAGACCUUUAUCAUGGAUGAUGUCAAGGAGAAGCUCUGCUUUGUCUCCCUCAAUGUCUCCCGGGACCUGCAGAUCGCGAGGAAACCCGGAAAGGAAAAUCUCUUCCGGUGCACGUAUGUACUCCCCGACGGCAUUUCGUAUACAAAGGGUUUUGUUAAAAAUCCAGAUGAAGCUCAGAGGUACCUCUCCUUGACUGAUGAGGCCUCAUCCCCUUCCCCGUCAUUUGGAGUUAAGAAGGAUGUGAUUGAGCUAGAUGUCUCGGAGAAGCCUGAAGACAGGAAGAGAAUUGAUCUAACAAAAAAUGAAUUUGACUUAACAAAUGAACGCUUCCUUGUUCCGGAAAUGAUAUUCCAUCCUGCAGAUUUGGGAAUGAACCAGGCUGGCCUAGCAGAAUGCAUUGUUAGAGCUGUUAAUUCUUGCCAUCCCCAUCUUCACCCCGUGCUAUACGAGAGCAUUGUUUUGACUGGUGGAAGCACUUUAUUUCACAAUUUUGCUGAGAGAUUAGAGAAGGAGCUCCGGCCUCUUGUCCCAGAUGAGUGUCAAGUGAAGAUAACAACUCAAGAAGAUCCUGUUCUAGGGGUGUGGCGAGGGGGAUCCUUACUAGCAUCUAGUCCUAGUUUUGAAACAAUGUGUGUAACCAAGGCUGAAUACGAGGAACUUGGAUCGGCUCGGUGUCGGAAGAGGUUUUUACAUUGAGUGCUUGAAAGCAUGAAGAUUUUCUCUAAGUUUCUGUGCAUAAACACGAUCGUGCACAAAAGGAGGAAGAACUAAAUGAUCAGUUGAUCACCCCCUCAUGGAGCUUUAGCAUCCAAUGAAGCAAGGUUGAAGCUAGCUGAAAUGGCGGCUCAUUCAGGCAGAUUAAAGUGAGCAGGUGUUUGUGGGUCAGUUCUGAGCCAUGGCAGGGACCAACUUUCUGCUGAGAAUCAAGUUUGGAUCUGAGGAAGUAGAUGCAAAAUCUUCACUGUACUGAUUGCUGAGGGUCCACAGUAAUGCAGUAAGGACUUGUGUAUUUGAUUCUUGCUCUGGCUUUAGCUUUGUUAUUGUAUUCCAAGUUCCAACAUCUGAAUAUAUGGUCUAAUUGCCUCUCACAGCAAAGUUGUCAGUCAAAAGAUUUAUUUGCUCUGUUUCUCAUGUCUACUGAAUCUGUUUGGUUUGCUUGUGGAAGCCUGCUGGUGUAAAUUUGUCAUUAAAUUCUUUGUUUUUCUGUCUCUGGAUGAUGCAAACUGUCACAUUAAUGCUUGGUUGAUCUUGACAUUUUAUUGUGCCUGUUCUCAAGGAACAUAUUGAUUCUA